AUGGAGGAGGCCACAUCGCCCACGGCGCUGGAUAUGUUGCGCCAAAGGGCGACACCUGAUACUUACCAGCGCGUGGAUAAAGACGACAUAGUCGUCGACGCGAACCUGGUGACCGGGGACAUCGACGACUUAUACUUGCCGGAGGGCACCAAGUUCGACUUCGUUGUCUACGACGGCAAGCAGUUCAACCCAGAGGGGCCAGAACUCGCAGAAUCGCCGAGGACGAACCCCGUCCUCCACCAUGGCUUGCUCCAUCUGCUGGGCGUCGAUGGGAAGCUGGCGGUGCACGACGACAACCGGCACAGCAAAGGAUUCCAGCUACUUGACAUGCCUGGAGGCUUUGGUUUUGAGUGUGAUGACUCUCAUGUGUUCGAGUCCGAUGAAGGUGAGCUCAUGGCCGUGCUCAUUGGGCACCGUGGGUCACCGGUGCCGGGCGUCAGGCUCAACGAGCAUAGCAUGGAGUGA